AUGAAGAACUUUCAAGUUUCACCCAAAGCAUCUGAACUGCUAAUGAUACGGUACAGAGGGAUUGCGUUUUUCGAAUGUGAAGACAAACAACAGAGUACUGAAAAGUCAGUAAUAGGUCGUAUUUUAACUAAAUACAAAAUUUUAGAUGUUGAUAUUUCAUCGUCAGAAGACUUUUUAGUAUGUGGGUAUGAGAAGAGAGGAGUUGAGAUGUUUUCUCUUUCCGAUUUCAAACAUGUCUGGAAAAUUGAUGAUUUUGUUGUAGAGAGGGGUAGCACUUGUCAUUUAGCGCUUCCUAUUGAUAUUCUAAAACCACCUCGCUGCAUUGUUUUUCAUCCUUGUAGAAACAUCAUAUUUCCCGGACAACUUAAGCACGUACUUAAUUUACAAGGACAAUUUGAAUCUGGGCCGAUUGUGUGCGAACAAAUACCCAAUAAGUUUACAAAUCGUUGUUUUUCUCACGAUAAUUCCAAAAUGGUUACAAAUUACGGCAUUCAUCUGACAGUUUGGAAUCUAGUUGAAAAUAAGAAGAUAGUAAGCCUUUCAUGUCGGUCAGAAUUACUCUCCAUGUUGUUCUCGGCUAAUGACAGAUUUAUUGGAACAACAAACAUUGAUGAGGUUUGUGUUUAUGAUACUGAGAAUAGUUACACUAUGAUAUCAAGGUCCUGUGCUGGAAACUUUGAAGUUUUAGUUUCGACGUUUUAUUCAGAUUCCUGGUACUGCUUUAAGCUAAUUAGCCUGCUAGUUCUAAAAUCAAAGAACGAAAUCGUUAAACAUGACCUAACAAAUACACCUGUUCCCGAACGUUUCAUUAUAUUAUGGCCAACUAACGCAAGGGCUUCCGCUAAAUUCCAAGUGGUAAUGGAAAGCGAAGAUCGUACGUGGUUUCGCAAAGCAGGUAGUGGUUAUUUUUUUAUCCUCAGUAAUGGAAGCGCUUUGGUUUCUAGCUAUUACAGAAAUGAAAUAAAAUUGCUUAUGCUUACUGAGUUGAUCCAGAAUUCCAAGGUAAUGAAAGGAUCAGACCCAUUGCUUUAUCUCCGGUAUGCGAAAAGUUGUUCUGUUUCAGUAGAUGGAACAUAUAUUUACACACAUGACAAUAGAGGUAUUUUACAUAUCAUGAAGCUUAGUCGGCCUCAGUUAGUAAAAUCUAAGAAACUUGGUCAAAUAAAAGACAAUCUUAUUCCUUUUGUUCCAGUAACAAAUGGUGUGUUCUUUCGUGGAGAGGUACGGAAAUCUUUAUGGAAACUAUUUAUUGGUAAAGAUGAGUCCUUUUCAGGCAUCCCUGAGCUGUGGAAUUCUGAAGUGACUCAACGUCUCGUCAGUUUUCCUGAACUGAUUGGUACUUGUUAUUGUCGUUCAGUCGUACAAGAUUUAGUAGCUUGUAUCAUGGAGUCGCAG